AUCCUCCACCUUCGUGGCAAUCUAUGGUCCUUCCUUAAUUGUCCUGUUUCUCAAACUACGUUAACUGCCACAUCUCUAGUCUUUUGCCACUUUCCUCAAUUUUUUCUUCCGCUUUUUAUGGCCUCAAGAAAAUAAGAGGAAAAAAAUGAUGGCCAAGUUCACCUUAAACCCAGACACCAAAAUCUGUUAUUAUCCAGCUUACACAACCCAAAAAGCUUCAAUCUUUAGAACUUCUAUCAAAUCCCAAAACUGGAAUGGGUUACCCAUUAAUCCAAGCUUGAAAAGGUUCAAGGUUUCUUGCAGCAUAAAAGAGAAAGAGACCGAAAAUGCUGAAGAAAAACGUAGAAUACUUAAAGGGCUUAAAGUGAAUGAUGAAUUGGAGGAGAAGGUUAGUUUAUUGGAGGCUGAGAUUGGGGAAAAAGUAGUAGGCUUUGUUUGGAAUCCGCCAUGGAAGAAUCUUCCUCAAAGAUAUAAGCUCAUUGGAACUACAUCUCUGGCCUUCAUUAUUUGCAAUAUGGAUAAGGUGAAUCUGAGUGUUGCUAUAAUUCCGAUGUCUCACGAGUUUGGAUGGAAUUCAUCUGUGGCUGGAUUGGUGCAAUCAUCUUUCUUUUGGGGGUAUGCACUAAGCCAGUUGCCUGGAGGCUGGCUUGCUAAGAUAUUCGGAGGAAGAAAAGUUCUUGAGGUUGGGGUCCUGGCCUGGUCACUGGCCACAGCACUGGUUCCUAUUCUCGCUGGCUUUAUGCCUGGACUUAUUUUGUCCAGGAUAUUGGUUGGAAUGGGAGAAGGCGUUUCACCGUCAGCUGCUACUGAUCUGAUUGCCAGGACCAUACCAAUUGAAGAGCGCUCACGAGCAGUAUCAUUUGUUUUUGGUGGCUUGAGUGUUGGAAGUGUCUUAGGGCUUCUUUUGGCUCCUCCACUAAUACAAAGUUAUGGAUGGGAGUCUGUAUUCUACAUGUUUGGCUUCUUCGGUAUUACCUGGUUUCUAGGAUUUCAGUUUGUUAAAGAAGAUCAGCAUCUAUUUAGUGGUGAACUAUCAUGGCCUAAAUUUGACUCUUGGAAUAACUCAUGGAAUUCUUCUUUGGAGGAGUUGGGGGACCCAUUGACGGUAUGUGAAACUGUUAAUACUGUAGGUAGAUGUAAAUUGUUGUAGAUAAGAAUAUAAUAU